UGUGAAUUAGACAAAGAGCAACAAAUGGCAAUAAAAAUAAACAAAGACAGCAACAUCAUAGAAAAGAGCAACAUAUUUUAUCAUUACCGAUUGGAAUAAAUUUAUUAAAUUUGAAUACAAUAACAAAGAGAAUAUAAGUCAUAUAUAAGUUCGCUGAUAUCUGCGGUUGAUAAUGAUAUUAUUAGGAAAUUAAAUUGUUUAUUAAAGGCGUUGCAAAACAUAACUAUAAAGUAUGAGUCUUGUAUAUUCUAUGAGUUAAAACAAGACCUUUAUUUUGUAUAAACAUCUUUUAAUAUAUUUUUAAAAAUGUGGACUAGAGUUUUUGUGCUAAUAACACUCUUAAAAUACAUAUAUUCUUACAAACCAGUGAUACUUAUACAUGGAAUAUUAACUGGAGCGCAUAGCAUGGAGAUUAUAAAAGCUCGAAUCGAAGAGAAACACCCUGGAACAGUCAUCUAUAAUAUUGAUAGUUUUGAAGGGUGGUCCAGCUUGGACAACAUGUGGUACCAAGUACAACAAAUUACUGAGACCCUAUACAAUGUCACUGAAGAAUACCCCCAUGGUAUUCAUUUAUUAGGGUAUUCUCAAGGUGCACUGUUAGCUAGAACUGUAUUACAGGCUAAUAUUGAUCACAAAGUUCACAAUUUUAUAUCUCUGAGCGGCCCACAAGCAGGGCAGUAUGGUACUCAGUUUUUACACUUGUAUUUUCCCGGCCUUGCUUUAGAAACGGCUUUUGAACUAUUUUAUUCCAGAGUAGGCCAACACAUCUCUGUAGGUAAUUAUUGGAAUGAUCCCUACCAUCAGAAACUCUUUCUAGAAUAUUCUAAUUACUUACCAUACAUAAACAAUGAGUUACCGUCAAAUAAGAGUGAAGAUUUUAAAAAUGCUCUGUUAAAACUGAAGAAAAUGGUACUAAUUGGGGGCCCAGACGAUAACGUAAUUACCCCCUGGCAAUCUAGUCAAUUUGGAUUUUAUAAUAGCAACGGUACAGUUGUUAAUUUCAUGAACAGAGAAAUAUACACUGAGGAUAAGAUUGGAUUGAAGACCCUGUAUGAUCAGAAGCGAUUAAAGAUUAUAACUGUGCCAGGAAUAAACCAUUUUCAGUGGCACAUAAAUGUAUCGAUUGUAGAUAAUUAUAUAUUACCUUAUUUAGAUUAAUAUUAAUUUGUUUACAAAUUUAAACAACUAGCCAGUAAUAUUAAUUUAUUAAAAGAUUAUUUGAAUAUAAACUAUUUAAUUGAACCCUUGAUUUAGACGUAA